AUGACCACACCAGUUCCAUGUUGUCGCGCACGAACACUGGAUACUCUUACGACGCGGAAACAAUUCACAACUUUGGGGACAGCAUGCCAGAGAACAGUCACCGUUACCAAACCAACAAUCUUCCAAAGAGAUCCCAACUCACGGAAACUUCAAGAUUGUCAUCAGCCCUGGACAUCCCAACGCUGCUUCAGCACCAGUCAAGGUGCGCGCAAGUUGUUCAAGGGCCAAGACCCGAGCCCAGAGAGCCCGCCAACAUGGGAACGAUUCCUCAAACUCGCAGGAAGGAAGGAUAAUAAAGUUUUAAAGCCAGACGAUCUCCCAAACCAUGACGAAUAUUCUGAUGGCUCGUCAAUCUUUAACAACCGGCGAACACUCGCGGCCAAAGCUGCAUCUGAGCCUCGACUGCGAUGCACGGAAGUCGACGAGCAUGGGAACGUAAUUCUGGUUGAUGGAGAGUUCAAGAAGACUGAGCUUAUUGCAAAGUUCGGCUUGUUGCCUCGAGACUUGCGCAAGAUUGACUCAUCAAACUUACCUCAUAUCCUUGUUCGCCCUUCGGCCAUUUUGCUAAACCUACUCCAUCUCAAGGUUCUGAUCAAACAUGACCGAGUGCUUCUAUUCGAUAUUUACGGCUCAAAGACAUCGUACCCCCAGUCGGCCUUCAUGUACGACUUACAGGGAAAACUACAACAGAAGAACACACAAGCAUCAGGUGCUCUACCAUAUGAGUUCCGGGCAUUGGAAGCGGUGCUGACCUCAGUGACGUCUGAACUCGAAGCCGAUUUCGAGGCUGUGCGGGAGCCGGUCAUGCAUAUUCUUAGCGAGCUGGAGGAUGAUAUUGAUCGAAGCAAGCUCAGAAUGCUCCUCAUUCUAUCCAAGCGAGUGAGCACCUUUGAGCAAAAAGCAAAGUUGGUCCGGGAUGCCAUCGAAGACCUCCUCGAAGCCGACGAUGAUCUCUCUGCCAUGUACUUGACGGAGAAAACACAUGAUCUUUACAGGGGAGAGGACGAUCACACGGAGGUUGAGAUGCUUUUGGAGUCUUAUCACAAGCUGACUGACGAAAUCGUGCAAGAAGCCGGCAACCUUGUCUCGGGCAUCCGAAACACAGAGGAAAUCGUUCGUGCAAUUCUGGACGCCAAUCGGAACGCUCUCAUGCUGCUUGAUCUCAAAUUCAGCGUCGGGACGCUAGGCCUAGCCAUGGGAACGUUCCUUGCUGGUCUCUACGGCAUGAACUUGGAGAACUUCAUCGAGGAGACAAACUGGGGUUUCGCUGGCGUCACUGGCGUCUCAGUCGUCUUCUCUCUUAUCGUAUGCUGGUACGGUCUAACGAAGCUGCGGCGCGUGCAGCGCAUCAAGAUGAUGGAUGACGAGCGACCGCGGAUCCCCCGCGGGCAGGCCUAUUUUCCCGAUGAUCGCUCGGCGCUGGGGCUCCUUGAUAACAGGAACCGCGAAAUGUUGCGGCGAAUCAACAUGCAGAAGGCCGUAUCGCAAAAGAAGAAGUGGUUUGCAUGA